AUGGCGUCUUCUUCUGAAGCAGAGAUAAACGAGGCGAACGACCCACCCGCGACAUCUUCGGAACCACAAAACGAAGUGGUAGAGGCUCCUGGUACGGAUGUGGAGGGCGAUUCUGAAGCAGAUGUCCCAUUUCAAGGCGAUGAGGCUGCACAGCUGGCAGCACUUGGAGCAGGUGUUCGCGACCAGGACGACCUCGAGAGAGACAUUGGUCAGCAGGCGGACCAGCUUCUGGUAGAACAGGCCGACGAACGUGAUCAGAAACGACUCGAGAAGACGCAGAAAGAGCGAGACAGACUGCAGACUGCCAUCAAGGUAUUGGAGAAGAGGCUCACCGAGUUUGGCAACAAAGCGACCAAGGACAAGCUGCGCGCCGAGAUCGCUCAUUACAAUGGCCUUCUGCAGCCGCUUGACACCGAUCUUGAGCAAAUCCAGAAGCGCAUGAAAGAGCGCCAUAACGAUGCACAGGGUGGCGAAACGCUUCUUGACAAUGCUGGCAACAAGCGAAUGGCCGGGGAGUGCCAGCGCGACUUCCUCAUUCGCACUGGCAAAAUCACCCCGUUUUCGAAGAAGGGUAUGCAGCUGCUUAGAACAUCGUCGAGCUUGGGCGACGUCCUAAUGGAUGCGGAAGAGGAGGACGAGGAAGCCCAAGAAGAGGACCAAGACGUGACUGAGGACACGACCGUCGAACCUUUGUCCCACAGGAAUCUGCUUGCACCAGGCUUCGAGCAGGACGAUACGAGUGCAGCUGCGAGCACAGCCGGGGAGCCUGAAGACGAUGAGGCCAUGGCAAGGAGACUGCAGGACGAAGAGUUCGCCUCAGAGCGACCCGCGAAAAGGAGACGAGUCGUGUCGAAAAGACCGACAAGAGCAGUCUCUGAAGACCCAAGCUCUCCCGCAGACGAUGCCGAUGCUUAUGUGCCAGAUCUUGAUGAGAGUGGUGUAGCGGCGAUUGGUGUGUCGGGAGAUGAUGCGGAGCCUGCAGACGACGAUGCAGAAGGCGACCCGGCGCUCGCUACAACGCCUGGCAUCAAGCGAAAAGGCAAGAGAAAGCAAAAGGCGGCGGUGACUACCGAGACGGAACAGGAAGAUCUCGCGGGUAUCGACGACGGCAACGAAGAAGUAUACCAAGCAAGAGUGCAGAGCUGGGUGAAACGACGGCAAGCGGCGCGACAACGACACAAAGAAAGACGAGAAUCAGCACAAAUCGAGACAGAGCAAACUGCAGACGUCAAAGCUGAGCGGGAAGAUGAGGUUGCGUUGGCCGAUGUCGAGGAAUCCAAGGAAGAGUGGUUCAUGCCACAUCCGAACAGAACCGAUACUGUCUUCGAAGGUGGCUAUCGUAUACCCGGCGAUAUAUACCCUUCACUCUUCGACUACCAGAAGACUGGAGUACAAUGGCUAUGGGAGCUAUACGCGCAGCAAGCUGGCGGUAUCAUUGGUGAUGAGAUGGGUCUCGGGAAGACUAUCCAAAUCAUCUCAUUCCUCGCUGGACUACACUACUCUGGCAAGGUUGACAAGCCAAUCAUUGUGGUUUGUCCUGCCACAGUGAUGAAGCAAUGGGUCAAUGAAUUUCAUCGCUGGUGGCCGCCGUUGAGAGUCUCGAUUCUGCACACUUCUGGUAGCGGUAUGCUGGACGUACGACGAGAAGAAAGCCUCGAGGACGACCUUGAGGAUGAUCGCUUCAGGCGGAAGGCGACUCAAAGCAAAGGCUACAACCAAGCCAAGCGCAUCGUUAACAAGGUACUCAAAGAUGGCCACGUCCUGGUGACUACCUACUCUGGACUGCAGACCUAUGCUGAGUUGCUGAUACCGACGGACUGGCAGUAUGCGGUCUUGGACGAAGGCCACAAGAUCCGCAAUCCGAAUACGGCCAUUACGAUCUACUGUAAGGAGCUGCGAACGCACAAUCGGGUCAUUCUCUCAGGCACACCUAUGCAGAACAACCUCACCGAGCUCUGGUCAUUGUUCGACUUCGUCUACCCGAUGCGACUUGGCACGCUUGUCAACUUCAAGAGCCAGUUCGAGAUACCAAUCAAGCAGGGCGGUUAUGCGAACGCUUCGAAUCUGCAGGUGGAGACAGCCAUGAAGUGCGCAGAAACGCUAAAGGACGCCAUCUCGCCGUACCUGUUGCAGAGGUUCAAGGUGGACGUAGCUGCCGAUCUGCCCAAGAAAAGCGAACGAGUCUUGUUCUGCAAGUUAACAAAGCUGCAGCGAGAUGCAUACGAGUGGUUUCUGAACUCUGAAGACAUGAAGUCGAUUAUGGCUGGCAAGCGACAAGCCCUCUACGGCAUCGACAUACUUCGUAAGAUCUGCAACCACCCCGAUCUUGUGGAACACAAGACUCUGUCGAAGAAGACCAGUUACCAGUACGGUAUUGGCAGCAAGUCUGGCAAAAUGCAGGUCGUGAAAGCACUACUGGAGAUCUGGAAGCGCAACGGACACAAGACCCUGCUGUUUGCCCAGCAUCGGAUCAUGUUGGAUAUUCUUGAACUCUUCAUACAAGGGAUGGAGGGCUUCAAUUAUCGUCGUAUGGACGGCAACACUUCGAUCAGAGAUCGACAAGACCUGGUCGACGAGUUCAACAAGGACCCCAAUCUGCACGUCUUUCUGCUAACGACAAAGGUUGGAGGGCUUGGCGUCAAUCUCACGGGCGCUGACCGGGUCGUCAUCUACGAUCCUGACUGGAAUCCAUCGACCGACGUACAGGCUCGUGAGAGAGCAUGGCGUCUCGGCCAGAAGCGGGAGGUCGAGAUCUAUCGUCUGAUGACAGCAGGCACGAUCGAGGAAAAGAUCUACCAUCGACAGAUUUUCAAACAGUUCCUCAGCAACAAGAUCUUGCGUGAUCCAAAGCAGCGGCAGACUUUCCAACUUCGUGACCUGCAUGACCUCUUCACGCUUGGCACGCCUAUGGAGAAUGGCCAGACCGAAACAGGAAGCAUCUUCAAGGGCACUGAAGUCAAGCUGUCUGGCAACGCUGCUCGUACCCAAGACCAAAGUCUGCCAACUCCCCCAGAAGAGACCGAGAAGGAAAAGGACCACGCAGCCAUCAACGCCUUCGCCGGCAUUGACAGACAAGAAGCGUGGCGCGGCGAAGACGAAGACGAGACCAACGCAGACUCUGCAGAGGAUAAAGGCAACGACGAUCGAGUGCUCUCCGGCAUCUUUGAUCGCGCAGGAGUGCAAGCUGCACAAGAUCAUGACGCGAUCAUCAACGGCCGAAAGACUAUCCGCGCGGAUCCCGAGAUGAUCGCGCGAGAAGCGAAGAAGGUAGCUGCUGAAGCUGCCCGAGAGCUCAAGCGUGCUGGCGAGAUCGCACGAUCACUUCCAGCCGGAAGCGUGACAUGGACAGGUCAGCAUGGCAGCGCUGGUCGCGAUCCAUCGCCCCCUCGACGUGGCGGCAUGCGCGGUGGGCGAGGAGCGCCGUCGUCGGCCUCGGUGCUUGCCAACUUGCAGUCUCGUCAAAUUGGCACAGCAUCCGCUGCAGCUGUCGCGUCAUCUUCCAACCCAUCAAGUCGCGCGGCAACUCCGGUGCGUGGCGGUCGUGGUCGUGCUGCACCUACUGCACAGCCGAAAGGUAAAGAUUUCCUGAAGCUGAUCCGGGACUAUCUCAUUGCUCAAGGUGGCUCAGCUUACACCCAGAUGCUGAUUGACCACUUCAAUCGAUACUGCGGCAACGACCAGCGCACCAUGGAAUUCAAGGAGAUGCUGAAGACCAUCGCGGUAAUGCAUAAAGGCGGUAGAGGAAGAUCAAAGUGGGUUCUGAAGGAGGAAUACAGGACGCAAGAACCAUCUUAG